CCGAUCCUUCGGACGGCGUGGUCCUGUUCUCACUUCACCAGCAGUAGACUGUAGUUGCAGGGCAGGCCAAACGCAAGUAGUCCAUCCAUCCGCCUGUAAGCGCAAGCAUAAGAAGGCUUAAGAAGCGGGCUUCGGCACCCAACCAGAAAUAACAGUUUAAAUUCGCGCCGGUUCAGUUGUCCCAUCCCAUUCCAUUCAGGGAUACCGCUGAAAGGAAACAAGGAUCCCGAACGACGUCGUCUGGUCUCCCCGUACGAAUAUUAUCGAAGAAUCGUGUCUUCACGUCAUACACUACCCUCCACGGCACAGCCCAGCGCAACACAACGCACUCUGUCUCUGUGUGUCUUUAACUCCCUCGGGAUUGAAGUUUGGGGUUUGGAGAAUCAGAUCACAUCCCAUCUCAUCAGAUCUGAGCGAGAAAUAUGAGGAGGACUAGCACCUCGCAGCACCUGGCCAUGAAGACUGAUUCAAACACUGCCCAGUUGAUCGAUUCCGACAUCAACGAGCUCAAGAUCGCCGCCAAGCGUCUUGUCUCCGACGUCGCCAAGCUCGGCGGCCUAGGCUUCGGCACUUCCUUCCUCAAAUGGAUUGCCUCCUUUGCUGCUAUUUACUUGUUGAUAUUGGAUCGAACAAACUGGAAAACAAACAUUUUGACUUCCCUUCUAGUCCCUUACAUUUUCCUCAGUCUUCCUUCGGUCUUGUUCAGCUUCUUAAGAGGAGAUUUUGGGAAAUGGGUUGCUUUCAUUGCAGUUAUAUUGAAGCUAUUUUUUCCUCGUCAUUUCCCAGAUUGGCUGGAGAUGCCGGGGUCGUUGAUUCUUCUGCUCGUGGUUGCUCCCAGCUUCUUUGCGUACACCAUAAGGGACAGCUGGGUUGGAGUUGUGAUAUGUCUAAUUAUUGGCUGUUAUCUGCUGCAAGAGCACAUCAGAGCAUCUGGUGGAUUUAGAAAUUCGUUCACACAGGCUCAUGGAGUAUCAAACACAGUUGGCAUCGUCCUUCUGUUAGUGUACCCAGUAUGGGCACUGGUCCUCCGUUUCGUCUAGAAUUUAACUGCCUACAGCUGCUGUGAAGUGUCUUUUGUUCCGAACUUGGGAGUUAGUAAUAAUAGUGGUGUGUGUGUGUGGCGGACAAAUUCAUUUGCAGAAACAAGUCUGUUCUAUCUCUCAUAAACUGUUCGUGAUUCUUCUGUGUGCAUUAUUAUGUAACUAUUUCAGCAACCCCAUUGAACCAGAUUUGAUCAUUUUAGAAGCAUCAUACGGUUUGUCUAA